AUGGUGAGAAGGCUCUUGGGAAAUCAAAUGCAGCCACUGGAUGACAAUCAAAGAGAAAAUAUGUUCCAAACCAGGUGUGUAAUUAAUGGUAAGCUGUGCUCUUUAAUUGUUGAUGGAGGAAGCUGUACCAAUGUUGCAAGUUCCACAUUAGUGACCAAACUGAAUUUGGAAACUAAGCCCCAUCCUAGACCAUACAAACUUCAGUGGCCUAGUGAAGAUGAAGAGGUAAAAGUGACUCAACAGGUUGAGGUUUGGCUCACCAUUGGGAGAUAUAAUGAUAGGGUGUUGUGUGAUGUGGUCCCAAUGGAAGCGACCCAUGUGUUGUUAGGAAGACCGUGGCAGUAUGAUACCCAGGUAGUGCAUGAUGGCUUCACCAACAAAAUAUCUUUCAAGCAAGCUGACAAGAAAAUUGUUCUCAAACCGUUAUCUCCUAAAGAGAUGUUGCAUGCUAACCCAAUUGAUGAAUUUAAAUUGCCUUCUAGUAUUCAGUCUCUUCUACAGGAUUUUGAUGAUGUGUUUCCAGCAAGUGUACCGGAUGGUUUACCACCAUUGAGGGGAAUUGAGCAUCACAUUGAUCUCAUUCCAGGAGCGUCCUUGCCCAAUCGUCCAGCUUAUAGGAGCAACCCACAAGAAACUAAGGAGAUCGAAAGGCAAGUGUCCGAACUCCUGAGCAAAGGUUGGGUGAGAGAUAGUAUGAGUUCGUGCGUUGUACCUGUCAUUCUAGUACCCAAGAAGGACGGCUCAUGGAGGAUGUGUUCUGAUUGUAGAGCCAUAAACAACAUCACCAUCAAGUAUAGGCAUCCAAUUCCCAAGUUAGAUGAUCUUCUUGAUGAACUUGUUGAGAGAGUACGGGUGGAUGUGGGAAAGGUUAAGGACUUCCAAGAAUGGCCAACACCUAAGACCCUGAGUGAGGUGAGGGGAUUUCAUGGUUUAGCAAGUUUCUAUAGGAAAUUUGUUAAGGAUUUUAGUACAUUGGCUGCACCUCUAACUGAAAUUGUUAAGAAGAAUGUGGGUUUCAAAAUGGGGUAA